UGACAGUUCAACUGUGAAACGGGAACACACUGUUAUGAAUGUCUGCGGCGGAUAUGAUAACCCUGCCACACGUUACGUGUGUUUUCGCGAGCAGGUGAAGGUACUGGUUCAGAUUCAGUUGAGAUUUAAUUUUAAAAAUGUUUUAAAGUUGGUCAUCGCAUACGAUGUUCCCACAAGGGGGCAUACCGGGCACAAGAGCAAAUAAAGUAUAUUAAAAUAAUCGUUGAAUACAUCCGGGUCAGGUUUUUGUUGUUGUUGUAUUUUUAACCGUUAUUAUUUGAAUGCAGCAAUGCAAAACACUGCUUUCAAGCCUUGCAUUUAAAAUAUAACAUUCAUUGUAGUUUUAAUAACAUUAAUUGUAGUUUUCAUACGCUCAACAUCCGGGUCAGAGUGUGUAGGUCAUGUAAGCUAACAGCUCUAAAACUGUUGCCUUUGGUAUGUCUCUUACUUCCAACAAGAAGAUUGGUGUUUUUUUGUUUUUCCUCUUCUAGUAAUCAUGUCGUCAAUCAUGAUCAGGUCAGUGCUGCUGCGCAGGGCAACCUUCCACAUCCUUUCCUAUACCAGAGGAUCAUGUCUACUCACAGGUCGGAUAUCUUAUGGUGUGCAGCCUCAUUCAUCAGCACGUUUCAUUCACACACCCAUCCUGCAGAACUUCCAGGGACCCCUGAUACCUAAAAUCACAGCCCUGGUCAGGUACUCUGACAUGACCACAGAGAAAUACACUAUGAUUUACAACAUGCCGCACGUAAGGCUCCUCAGAGCUGUGUCCAGGCUCAAGCUGCUCCAAACCGCAGUCACCAUGGUCACCUUGCCACCAGUGUACUUCUUCUACCUCCAGGGAGAUGUCCCCUUCUUCCUUGUCGGCUACUCUACAGGGAUAGCACUGUUUGCUGGCGCCAUGCUGUACACCGCCAGUCACUUCUUCAGGAAUGUUGUUGGGAGGAUGUACCUGGACCUGUCCCAGACCACGCUCAAAGUGUCCCACCUCACCUUUUGGGGCAGGCGUAAUGAUAUCUACCUGCCUGUGUCUGAUGUUAUGACAAUCGCAGAUACAGGGGACACCGUAAAAGAGAAGAUAUUGAAACUAAAGAGAUUCAGCACUCCACAGACAUUGUAUUUCUCCACUCAUUUUGGACGUGUGGUAGACAAACAGGGUUUUAAAAAGGUGUUUGGGACAUGGUAAUGAUAUUUUUUUUGAAAAUGGACAGAUUGAGACAGUAAUAGUCAGAAGGUAAUGCUCCUAAUGAAUAUGUUUAAAAUAUACCUUGUUUUAUUGAGAACGAUUUGUUCUGCAUGAAGAACAAAAUUAUAGGGGGAGGGUGACGUUGGUAUGAUCUGUGACUGAGAUAUGUUAGUCAUUGUUGAUCUUAGGUGUCCACGGUGAUCAACAAACUCCUUUUUAAUUAGUCAGUGAAGCUGGUGAUCAACAAAUAAGGAACCAUAUUUUCAGGGUUCAGCAGGACAGAAUGAAACAACAUAACAAGUGUAAGUGUUGGCAGUAUACAGUAUGUUAAGAGGACUGAAAUGACUUUGGUCUUAAUGUGUGAAACAGAAAAUAAAGGUAAAGAAAUAA